UGAACUAAAGGGUCCUCAUCAACAACAACCCCAGAUGAUGACUGACUCUAGUUAUCGUCAAGAUUUGAACUAUAUGCCGUCUCAGCUGUGUCUCUCAAGCACCAUUGUUAGAGUCGUGGCUGAUUCUGAAAUGGGUUAUGGUAUUGGUGUUCAUGACAGAAAGAGAAAGAGCACCAUGGCUCCUAGUCUUGCUGGAGACGAAUCUGAUCGGGAAGAUGUUGUACAGGGCCUUGCUGCUGGGCAUGGGAAAACUAAGCUUUGUGUUAGAGGCCAUUGGAGGCCAGCUGAAGACUCCAAACUCAAACAACUUGUGGCCCAGUUUGGUCCUCAAAACUGGAACUUGAUUGCUGAGCACCUUGAUGGUAGAUCAGGGAAAAGUUGCAGACUGAGAUGGUUUAACCAGCUAGAUCCAAGGAUCAACAGAAGGGCUUUCAGUGAGGAAGAAGAAGAGAGGCUUCUAUCUGCUCAUAGACUCUACGGCAACAAAUGGGCCAUGAUUGCAAGGCUCUUCCCUGGAAGGACUGAUAAUGCUGUCAAGAACCAUUGGCAUGUCAUCAUGGCUAGAAAGCACAGAGAGGAAUCCAACGUUUACAAGAGGAGAAGGCCCUCUUCUGCUUCUCAGCCUAUCAUGAUUCCUCAUGAUGAUGAAGAUCAAGAAAAUGGGACUAAGAAUAAUGCCUCUAGUGAUCGUUCAACAAUCUCAAUCAACACCAGUAACGAUGAAUCUGGCUCUGCAGCCUCUGCCUCAACAUGUACUACUCAUCUCUCCCUCACUCCCUCAAAUAGUCCACUGAUGCCCAGCUUUUUCAAGAACAACAAUCCAUUUCAGCAAUACAAAACCUUUGGAUCACAGCUGGUUGAAGACUCUGGCAGGAUUAAGGGCAGUAAGAAUGGUCAGUCAUCAGAUUCAAACUCUGAAAUUUCCGGAGAUGAAUCAAUUCUUACCACCUAUAAGACCAGCAACAAUAAUGUUUCUUCCAUGUCUGGAGAAGAUCAUAAUGACAAGACGAGUGCGAUGCCAUUCAUUGAUUUCCUUGGAGUAGGCUCUACUUAAAACAAAGAAAUUUGGCAAAAAUGUGCAAGGAAGUGCUCAACUUAGAAAGGACACCACCAUGGUUCUUGUGUGAUGCGGAAAAAGUGGGGGGUGAUCAUGUCCACAGUCUUGAUGUACAGUUAGUUUCCAUUGGAAGGCAAAAGGAGAAGAAGAAAUCUAGUGGUAAAAAUAGCUAGCUAAGCUACUUGGAUGAAAAAGAAUAGGAGAAAUCUAGACUAGUGUGAGUGAAAAAGUUAGCUAUGAGGUUGAAAAUAAUUCUGAAAACCGUUUUUGGAAUUUUGCAAAGCAACAGAGUCACUGAUGAGUCUUGUGUUACAUGGGGAAAUUCCAAAGACAUUGUUGCUUCUCAUGAACUACUGUUUGUUGUAUCAUGUAAUGCGCUUGUUGUAUAUAUGAAUGAAGUGAAGCUGCCCACAUUU